GAGUUGCGGCGUGGGGAGCGGGGUGAUGGCGCGGCUGGUCUCGGUGUGGGCUCUGCUGCAGCGGCUGCGGAGCGGCGGACCUGUGAGGUAUCAUUCAUGGCGAUGGAACAGCAGCUCUGCAAGAGAGAAAGCCACCCAUUAUACCGUUGGGGAGAAAAUUCAUGGGUUCACUAUAAAUCAGGUAACAGCAGUUCCUGAUCUUUUCCUGACAGCAGUUAAACUUAGCCAUGAUGAUACAGGAGCUCAGUAUUUGCAUGUGGCAAGGGAUGAUCCAAACAAUCUGUUCAGUGUACAAUUUCGUACCACGCCACUCAACAGUACAGGUGUUCCUCACAUUCUAGAGCAUGUCGUACUUUGUGGCUCUGAAAAGUACCAAAUUAGAGAUCCCUUCUUCAAAAUGUUGACCCGAUCCCUCUCCACUUUCAUGAAUGCCUUCACAGCAAGUGACUACACAAUGUAUCCAUUUUCCACCCAAAAUUCAAAAGAUUUUCAGAAUCUUCUCUCUGUUUACCUUGAUGCUGUCUUCUUUCCUUGCCUAAGAGAAUUGGACUUCUGGCAAGAAGGGUGGAGGCUGGAACACGAAACCCCUGGUGAUCCAUCAUCGCCACUUGUCUUUAAAGGAGUUGUAUUCAAUGAAAUGAAAGGUGUAUUUGCUAACAACGAGAAUCUGUAUGCUCAGCACCUACAGAACAAGCUCCUACCUGAUCAUACCUACUCAGUGAUAUCUGGAGGUGACCCUUUGCAAAUACCUAAGCUUACAUGGGAAGAAUUAAAGCACUUUCAUGCCACACAUUACCAUCCUAGUAAUGCAAGGUUCUUUACCUAUGGUGACCUCUCCCUGGAACAACACCUUAAGCAAAUCCAGGAAGAGGCACUUUGCAGAUUCCAAAGGAUUGAACCUGGCACCUCGGUUCCCAAACAGCCACGCUGGAGUGAACCAAGGGAGUUCCAUGUUCCUUGUGGGUCAGACUCGAUGGCUCCUGAUCCAGCUAAGCAAACUACAUACAGUGUGAGCUACUUGUUAGGCGACAUCACCGAUACUUUUGAAACAUUCAUUCUAAGUCUUGUAUCAUCUUUGCUGGUUUCUGGACCCAAUUCUCCCUUUUACAAAGCGUUGAUUGAUGCCAGGAUUGGCACAGACUUUGCUCCUGUUGUUGGAUAUGAUGGAAGCACAAGAGAGGCUUGCUUUAGUAUUGGGCUGCAAGGCAUCGCAGAACAAGACAUUAAAACUGUGAAACAGAUCAUCGAGAAAGUAAUUGACGAAGUAAUUGAGAAAGGAUUUGAGGAAGAGAGAAUAGAAGCACUUCUUCACAAGAUUGAAAUUCAGUUGAAACACCAGACCACCAAUUUUGGCCUUGCAUUGGCAUCACAUGUUGCAACAAACUGGAAUCAUGAUGGGGAUCCUAUAGAGCUGCUGCAGAUUGGUGAAAAGGUGACGAGGUUUAGACAAUCCUUGAAAGAAAAUCCUUGUUUCUUGCAGGAUAAAAUCAGGCACUAUUUCAAGGAAAACCCUCACCGGUUGGCCUUGUCAAUGAGUCCAGAUGAAGGUUAUUUGGAAAAUCAGGCUAAUGCUGAAAAAGGAACUCUACAAGAGAAGGUCAACUCCCUAUCUGUGGAAGAAAGGAAAAAGAUAUAUGAAAAAGGGCUGGAACUAAUAGCUGCACAGAGCACAGCUCAAGAUGUGUCCUGUCUCCCAGCACUUAAAAUUUCUGAUAUUCAGCAAACAUUUCCUUUGACACCUGUUGAAAUGGAUUAUGUAGGUGGAGAAGUGCCCAUUCAGUAUUGUAAUCAGCCAACCAAUGGCAUUGUUUAUUUCAGGGCUUUCACUAGCCUUAAUACUUUGCCUGAAGAGCUGAAGCCAUAUAUACCACUGUUCUGCAAUGUGAUUACAAGGAUGGGCUGUGGGAACUUAAAUUAUAGAGAGCAGGCACAACGGAUUGAGUUGAAGACUGGAGGAAUGUCUGCCUCGCCUAAGAUUCUCCAAGAUAAUGAAAACUUGGAUAUGUAUGAACAGGGAGUGUUGUUUACAUCUCUGUGUUUGGACAGAAAUCUGCCUGACAUGAUGCAACUUUGGACAGAUAUUUUUAACAGCCCACAUUUUGAUGAUGAGGAACAUUUCAGAGUAUUAGUUAUGAUGGCUGCACAGGAGCUGUCAAAUGGGAUUCCAGACACAGGACAUCAAUAUGCAGCAGUUCGAGCUGGCAAGACACUAACCCCAGCGGGAAAUCUACAGGAAACAUUUAAUGGGUUAAGCCAGGUGCACCAAAUGAAGAGAAUUGCAGAGAUGCCUGAACUUGUGACUAUUAUCCGUAAAUUGCCACGCAUUAAGAUGCACUUAAUGAACAGUGAGAACAUGAGAUGUGCAGUGAAUGCUACUCCGCAACAAAUUCCAGAAGUGUCAAAGGAAGUUGAGAAGUUCUUGAGGAAUAUUCCUGGUUUUGGAAAGAAGAAGAAAGAAAAGAAAUUAAUUCGUUCAAAUAUUAUUGAGAAACCACUCAAUCCUGAAGAAGUUGAGAGUGAAGUGUCUGGAGGUUCAAGAGCUACCAGAAAGCUGGUGUUUGAACCAACCUUCAAGGCUUGUCAAAUGAAGACACAUUUCCAGCUUCCUUUCCCUGUGAAUUACGUUAGUGAAUGUAUUCGAACAGUUUCCUACAAGAAUCCUGACUUUGCCAGACUUGCCGUUCUUGCACGGCUGUUGUCUGCUAAAUUCCUCCACCGUGAAAUCCGAGAGAAAGGUGGCGCAUAUGGAGGGGGUGCCAACUUAAGCAACAGUGGUCUAUUUUCAUUCUAUUCUUACAGAGAUCCAAAUUCUCUUGAUACAAUAUCUGUAUUUAGAAGAAGUAUUGCUUGGGCCAAAGCAGGAAAAUUUACACAAGAAGAUAUUGAUGAAGCUAAAUUGUCUGUCUUUUCAUCUGUGGAUGCCCCCAUAGCACCAUCAGACAAGGGAUUAGAGCGUUUUCUCUAUAGUAUCUCAGAUGACAUGAAGCUAAAACACAGGCAGCAGCUUUUUGCAGUUGACCGUGAUGGCUUGAUAGAAGUAGCCAACAAGUAUUUGACAACUGGGCAUAGCACAAGUGGGGCUGCAAUUUUAGGACCUGAAAGUGAAUCUAUCAAACGAGAUCCAACUUGGGUACAAAGGUAAUGCAGAAUAGGAGGAGAAUUAAUGCUCAAGGAUCUCAUCACUUCCCCAAAGUAUCACAGAAUCAAGAUGGAUUCAACUGAAAUGUUGACACCGCCUUCUGCUGAAGCUCUGAAGGAGGUGAAUGUGGAAGCAGCAUUGUUCUCUGAUCUAAAGAUAUCUCUAGGGUUUUGUGAAUGGCACAAUUCAGUGUUGUUCCUUCUUACCUCUUUCUAUGUUUGUAGCUGCUACAUCAGAGUAAAUGUGGAUUCCUUCUGCUUGAUGAAAUUCAAGACAAGUUAAGGUAUCCAGCAUUGGGGGGGGGGGG